UGGAGGGAAUCUAGGUUGAAAGUGGGAGGACAAUAAAUCUCAACAGCUCCCCGCAUCCGCCUAUUUUGGGCCUUCCCAUCCUUAUGCUAUCUCCCAGGAACGCUCCAGGGACAUUCUACAGCUUUCAAGAUGCGCUUUGCACUCCUCCCUCUCGGCGUCAGUUUCCUGAUAACUCAGGUCCUCGCUGAUGGAGCUUCAAUUCUUACGGCUAUGACUACAAUCACCAAUGCCACGCUGGCGCUGAAUACAACCCUCAAUUCCUUCCCCAGCAAUCCAGAGCUUGCAAUUGGAGACAUUGCCCCUCUGCUCGUCGACUCCGUCAAUCUGUUAGAUGACAUCAACAACGGUGUCACUGUCGCGACUCAAUCCGCCAACUUGACGUUACCCGAGACCAUUGAGGUCGCACAAGCAACCCUCAACCUAUCAACCGCUGUGUCGACCACUCUCAGUAACUUGAUGCGAACAAAGGCCAACUUUGACAAGUUAAAAGUCAUCACUCCGGUCGUGUUGGUAAACCUGAAGCUGGAAAACGCGGCCUCGGAGCGCUUUGGGGCAGCUGUUGUGGCGAAGGUCCCUCCUGCUUUUCAGGCGCAGGCGUUGAGUUUGUUGGCACCGAUUGAAGCGUCGUUCAAUACCACAAUUGCGUAUUACUCUUGAGUACUUGGUCUAUGGGUAGAGGCGAAAGGUUGGAGAUGAUGGAGUUGCAUUAAUGAUUAAUGAUGACCAAUGGUCAAAUGUUGUCUCGUUUUAGAUUGGAUGCUUGUUGGUCAUUUCACAAUUAGAAACAUGUCCAAAUUUAAUUCGAGGGCAAGCUCAAGCUUCCAUUUCUGUAGAAUCUACAACUCAAUAUUCUUGAUUGGUUCUUUGUCUCUGCCGUGCUAUUGUUCCUUCAGCUUCAGCUGAUGAUAGCUACCCUG